UACGAGGCAAUUUAAAUGUGGAUUUCUAAGAAUUGAAUUUUGGGGAUGUUUAGAUUUACAUUUUAAAGGCAUCAAAGUUGGAAAUUACAAUUCAAAUUAUGGUUGCAUUGCCUCUUUUUAAACUUGGUAUUCUUGUAGUAAAGCAAGCCUCGAAGCCUAUUGCUACACUCGUAAAAACAGGAGCUAAAAACAGUACAGUUUUAAGACGCAUAAUUUCGUUCCCAGCUCAAGGUUACAACACUCUUGAGCAGAGGUUCAGAAUGAAGCAAAUGGGGUAUGAGGGCAAGGCUCAAAUCAAACCUCUUACAGAUCAAGCAGCUGUGGAUCUGGCAGCGAAUAUCCUAAGUGAGGUUGUAGUUUUUAGCAUUGCUGUAAUUGUGUUGUAUGCAGAAAUGAAAAGAGGUCAAAUAAAGGAGCAAGCAAAAGAAGACGCUCAAAAUGAAAAAUUAUUAUCAUUACAAGAACAAAUUAAUGAUCUUGGAAUAGAAAUUGAAAAACAAUCCACACAAAUAAGAGAACUCAUGAGGAGAGGUUAGCUUUUGAAAUGAAAUUCUAUAGUACUAACUUAUCAAUGUGUGAUGCGAUUUGGCAAAACCUUUAUUCUAUGUUGCAGUGAUUUAAGCAGACUGUAUUUGGUAUUGUGUAGAGCCUGUAUCAUGUUCAGUUUUGUAAACAGAGUAAUCCAUAGCAGUGAACUUUCCUUACAUCAAAAUUUAAGAAGUCUAUUUAUACUUUAUUUACAAUUUUAUGUCUGGAAAUUCCCAUUGUUUUGUGUAUGUUUUGCUUAGUUGUAAAGUA